AGACUGCAGAGCUGUGGUGGUGAUCACAGCUGCCACCACCUCCCCUCUGGGCCCCACAACCACUGUGAGACUCAGGUGGCUGAGAGUGGCUCUAACAUGCCCCUGUGUCUCUCUCCUGCCAGGCUGGAUGGCCCACACUUAAGCUGUUUGGUUGGGGAGGGAGUAUCUCCAAGGCCUGAGAUGACCCUGUCCUCACUCCAGCAGUACCCAGAAGGUGUCUUCUAUGACCUGGACAGCUGCAAGUCCUUCAGUUACCCAGAUUCAGAUGGGGGCCCUGACUCCACAUGGGGCUGGACAGAGGCCCCGCCUGCCCCUGCCAUCGCUCCCUAUGAUGCUUUCGACCCUGCUGCUACGGCGGCCUUUGCCCACACCCAGGCUGUGCAGCUCUGUUAUGGUCAUGGUCCUAGCCCAUCCACCUACAGUCCCGUGGGAACCCUCGACCCAGCCCCCAGCUUGGAGGCUUCGGGGCCUGGCCUCCAGGUAUACCCAUCAGAGGACUUCACCAGCCAGACCCUGGGCUCCUUGGCUUAUGCUCCGUACCCCAGCCCUGUGCUAUCAGAGGAGGAAGACAUUCUGCUGGACAGCCCUGCCCUGGAGGUCUCGGACAGUGAGUCAGACGAGGCCCUCUUGGCUGGCUCCGAGGGGAGGGGAUCUGAGGCAGGUGCACGCAAGAAGCUGCGCCUGUACCAGUUCUUGCUGGAGUUACUCCUGCGUGGGGACAUGCGCGAGUGCGUGUGGUGGGUGGAGCCAGGUGCUGGCGUCUUCCAGUUCUCCUCCAAGCACAAGGAGUUGUUGGCUCGCCGCUGGGGCCAGCAGAAGGGCAACCGCAAACGCAUGACGUAUCAGAAGCUGGCCCGAGCGCUGCGCAACUAUGCCAAGACAGGCGAAAUCCGCAAGGUCAAACGCAAGCUCACCUACCAGUUUGACAGCGCGCUGCUGCCAGCCGCCCGGCGUGCCUGAGCGCCCCGCUGGGACCCCUUUCUGAUCCCUAAGUCCCAGUGCCCAUAGAGCCCCAUAUUGGGGAUCAGCAGGCUGCCAGGGUCCUCAGCUCUCACCAGGGCCUCCCCAGAGUCUCCUGUGCCAUGUAUGGGAUUCCAACCCAGGAUGGUCCUGUUUGAGGGUUCACUGGCCAUUCUACGCUGUUCCAAAAUGGCAAGUUUUUCUUUGGGGGCCCUUGGUGUUGUCUGCGGUUCCAGAAUCCGCAGAUACUUCUUGUGAGCCCUGUGAGCUCACACGCUAUCGCACCAGCAGGUGGCGCUGUCUACAGCCCCCAAACCCCUGUAUCUGUUGGCCGGAUGGGUCCCUCUGUUCUCCCCUGAGGCCCUUGUCAGAUCUGAGAUCUAGUUAUGUUUGGAGCUCCCUGAGAACACUGUGCCACCUGUGUGUGACUUUCCUCUGUAUCCAUUUAUGACUGUUAUUUGUUUGAGACAGGGUCUCACUAUGUAGUUCAGGCUGGCCCCCAACCUGUGACAAUCCUCCUGAGUCCUGGGGAUUACAAAGGUGCACCAUCAGACCAGGCAUUUUCCAUUUUUGAGAGAAGAUUUUACUAUGUAACCCAGGCUGUCCUCGAGCUUGCUUCAGCCAUCCCUCGGGUCCCUCUGGGAUCUAUGUCCCAGAUGAAUUGUUGGGUAGGGUAGGGAUGGUGUGUUCGGUGAAUCUUAUAGGUUGGACCCUCCCUUCUGGGGUCUUUUGAUUAUAUGGGGAGUUCUCUAGGCUCUUAGCAGCCCUGCAUCCACACACUGAUGGUCCCGUUUGAAGUGUGACCUGUGUAUGGUGUUUGAGGGUCAUACUGGCACUUGGCCAGUUUGGGAUGUGGGGCAGAGGUAUGGCUGUGACAAGGCUUUGGUUUUUGAGAUUGGGUCUCAUGUAUCUCAGGCUGGCCUUGAACUCCCUAUAUAGCUGAGGGUGACCUUGAACCCUUGCCUCAGCCAGAAUGCUCAGAUUGCAGGCAGCACUAUAUGACUAUUUCCCUUUUCUUACGUCAAGGUCUGUCUAUGUAGCCCAGGCUAGCUUUAAUCUCAUAACACUCUUCCUGCCUCUGUGUCUGGAAAGCUAGGGCUACGAACAUGUUUUACCACACUGGUUUAGCCAAGCAUACCCCUGUUUUAUCACCCCUGCCAUGGCUAAACAGACUUCUAGAGCUGGUCACCCCCCACCCACAAGGCAGGCAAAUUAAGUCCCUGCAGGUGUUUUCUUCAGAGGAAAGCCCCCUUUCACAGUCAUCUUUCAAACUAGAGAGCAUUCCCACAAUCCAGAUAUCUGAAUGUGAAUUUUUGGACAACUGGUAACCUCUGGCCAGCUUUCUGGAGCCAGCCUUUGUCCAGACGUCGGCUCAGGACCCUGCUCAGUGCCUGCCUGUCUCACACCAGUGACUUCUCACAACUGCCCGUCGGGGCCCAGUGUUUUACCUUUCGAGUGCUGCAGGUCAAGCAGACUCACUGUGCGCUUCUCUUGGGCCUCCACGGCAGAAUCAGAACUCAGAGUUUUGAAGCCUGAGUGAGCUGGGCCACCAUGAAGAGGCCCUUAAAACUCUGCCACCCAGAUGGGCAGCACCUCAGUGGGUGGCCAGGGGGCAGGAAAGGAUCAUGGAAGAUCCAGAUGUUCAUGUGGUUAAGGUUAAACUGGUACCAAAUAAAACUAUUUCUUAAAACCCAACAUCAUCAGUCUACAUGCAUAAUAAAGCCCUACAUCAAAAUUCA